AUGCCUGGAGCUUUCGGCUUGAUUCUGUGGGUGUCUGCUCUUGCUGCUCAUGCCUCGGCGCAUGAAGCCGUGAAGCUGAGCUGGCAGGACUGCGGGCUACUUGCAGAUGAGAAAGGCAUUGAGCUGCUGGAUUACACGCACGAGCCCGACCCGAUAGUGCUCGGCGAGCCGUAUGUGAUCACAAGACGUUUCCGCUCGCUGCUGGACCGUCCAAUCCAGAAUCUCACAGAGACGUUCCAGUCCUACAACCGAACAGCGCCAGCAACCUGGACACCAACCUUUGCCGGCGGCCCUUUCUCGCGCUGCGGCCGGGAGCAAUACCAGACCAGGUGCCCAUUGCAGCCGAAGGAGGAGUUUGCCUGCCACGAGCACCACCCAGCCACGCACGUGACAGGGGCCGGAACGCACAGGGCCGUGGAGCACUACUUUGCGGACGGCACGUUUGUAGGCUGCGCGGUGGUAGUCUACCAGUACACCGCACCAGAUCCGAUUCUUACUUUGCUGUAG